AUGGCCUCUAUUCGCGUUCUUUCCUUCGAUGCUGAGGGCCGUCCCGUGCAGUUCACUUCCUGGCUCGACGACCUGCAGUUGUAUCUUAUGAGCAAUAGCACGGACCACAUCUCCCUCUAUGACUACGCGUCUGGUGCUGCCGCUCUCUUCUCUUCUGCUGGCACAGCCGAGCUUAGUGUACGUUCUCAGUGGCAGACGCGUGACGCUGCUGCUCGCCUAGCCAUUCGCAGUCACCUGCCGUUAGCUGAGCUCGAGCAUUUUGGCGACUGCAAAACCGCUAAGGCCCUUUACGACGCUGUCGUUGCUCGCUACUCCUCACCUGCCACAGCCGAGCUUAGCCGCCUCAUGCUGCCUUACCUGUUCCCUGAGCUGUCCACCUUUGCUACAGUCGCCGAUCUUAUCACCCACCUUCGCACUAGUGACGCUCGCCUGCGUGCCGCCCUUCCCACCGAGUUCUGCGCUAAGAACCCCCCCCCACUGUACUGGACACUCCACUUCAUAGUCACCCGUCUCCCUGACACCCUCAGCUCAGUGCGCGACUAUUUCCUUGCUCGCUGUCCCACUGAGCUCACUGUCGCCCUCCUAGAGGAGAAGCUGCUAGCAGCCGAGAAGAGCAUUGUAGCUGUAGGUGCUGCUCGCGGCGCUCCUCGCACCCCCAUCUUUGAGGGGUGUUCUCCCUCUCCCCUCGCUCCCUCCUACGCUACUGCUGCUGCUGCUGUUGACUUCCUUGGUGCUGAGUCUGCUGGCGCUGCUUCUGCUCCUGGUGGGAGGCGCCGCACUGGCAAGGGCAAGGGGGGCAAGGGUGGCGGGGGUGGCGCUGGGGGGGGAGGGGGUGGGGGAGGUGGGGGGGGAGGCGGUGCUGGAGGGAGCGGUGGCGGGAGUGCCGGUGGGAGUGGGGCCGGCGGCGGAGGCGGGGGCGGCGGCGGGAGCAGUGGCGGUGGUGGCAGCGGCGGCAGUGGCGGCGGUGGCGGUAGUGGCGGUGGCGGUGGCGGUGGUGGCGGUCGGAGCGGAGGUAGUGGCGGCGGUGGAGGUCGGAGUGGAGGCACCGGCUCGGGCCAGAGCUCCCAGCAGCAGCAGCGUCCCCAGUCGACCCAGCAGCUUCGUGAGUGGCUUGCUCAGCGUGGGACGUCUGGGGGCAGUAGCCGCUGUUCCUAUGUCAUUCGCACAGGUGAUCGCAAGGGACAGACGUGUGGGAGGUUUCACACCCCGUACCGCUGCUUCUUCCGCCUUGACGACGCUUGGCGUGAGGAGAUGGGCGAGGAUGUUGAGCGCCCUCGCUGGGCUGAGCUGAUGAGGGCUGGGGUUGAUAUCUUUGCUCUUGACUAUGAUGCUAUUAUAGCUGCCAUGUAUGCAUUGACUGUUAGUGCCGAGGGAGACUGUUACUUGUGUGUGCCGCCUGACCCAGGUAUAGAGCCCGCUGCCCUAGGUACUAGUGAGUCUGCUCUCUCUGGUAUGGUGCCCCCUGUACCUGCUCCCUCCUGCACUGUCCCUGCUGCUUGCGAGUCUGCUCUCUCAGGUACAGCACCCACAGAGACUGCUCUCUCAGUCUCCUUGGCUGAUCCCUCUGGGGGCCCGGUCCUUGCCCGGUCCACCACUGUGCUCCCUUGUCCGGCGGUUCCGUCUGGCUCGUUGACAGGUUUCCACCUCCCCUCGUUCUCGACGAACCUGGUGAGCAACGCUGUCCUCCAGGAUCAGUGGGUUGACACCUUCACCCCUGGAGGACAGCGUGUGGCGAUCUGCACGUGCUCCAGGACCGGCCGUCACCUGGCUACGUUUACUCGUCGGCCGGGGUCGAGUCUCUACACACUGACCACUGCGUCUCCCCAGGUCGCUGCUGUCGGUCAGGUGUCCGCGUCAGGUCUGGUAGCCCACGCCUGUGAGUGUCGUUCCCUGUCGCACCAGACUCUUCUCUGGCACCACCGCCUGGGUCACCCCUCCUUGCCACGCCUCCGUGGCAUGCACCGUCGCCUCCUUGUGUCUGGUCUUCCCAGGUCCCUCCCUCCCCUCCCUGCCUCGCCUGCGCCGCCUUGCCUUCCUUGCGUCGAGGGGCGGCAGCGCGCCGCUCCUCACUCCUCCUCGUUCCCCCCGACAGAGGCUCCUCUGCAGACCCUCCACCUGGACGUGUGGGGCCCAGCCCGCGUUCGUGGUCAGGGCGGUGAGCGGUACUUUUUGCUGGUUGUCGACGACUACUCGCGUUACACCACGGUCUUCCCCUUGCGCACCAAGGGUGGUGAGUUUUCCUCCGACCUCUUGAGGACCUUCUGUCAGGCGGAGGGCAUCGAGCAGACCUUCACGCUUCCGGACUCCCCACAGCAGAAUGGGGUUGCUGAGCGCCGCAUUGGCCUGGUCAUGGAGGUCGCUCGUACCUCCUUGGUCCACGCGGCGGCUCCCCAUUUUCUGUGGCCGUUUGCUGUCCGGUACGCCGCGCAUCAGCUCAACCUCUGGCCCCGUGUCUCCUUGCCGGAGACCUCGCCCACACUGCGUUGGACGGGGGAGGUUGGCGAUGCGUCGCGCUUCCGGUUUUACCACCCCACCUCGCGCCGGGUCUUCGCCUCUCAGGACGUCACCUUUGACGAGUCGGUCCCUUUUUACCGUCUCUUCCCCUACCGUACUGCCCCCCUCCCUCCCCCGCCGCUUUUCCUUGCUCCUGGUCCCCCUCCGGUAGACCCCCUCCCCCCUCAGGGUCCUGCUCCUUCAGGUGUCUCUCAGGUAGACCCUCCUCCCGUCGCUGAGCCUGUCGAGGUCACAGGUGACUCAGGUGCUGCUGCAGGUGGUGCUGCUGGGGGGGCUGAGCCUGAGGGUGCUGGGCCUGGGGGUGCUGGGACUACGGGUGCUGGAGCUGAGGGUACUGUGCCUGAGAGUUCGGCGCCUGGGGGUGCUGAGCCUGGGGGUGCUGCGACUGGGGGUGCUGAGCCGGCGUGUGCGGAGUCUGGGGGUGCUGAGUCUGGGGGUGCUGCGCCUGCGGGUACUGAGCCUGGGGGUGCUGCUACUGAGCCUACGGAGCCUCGGGUUGCUGCGUCUGGGGGUGCUCCGGUUCGGGGUGCUGAGCAGUCUCUCACACCACAGCAGCUUCGUGACUGGUACGUCCGGCGCUUUCGCCGUCCUCGUGGCUCGGCUGGAGCUGGGGGUGCUGGAGCUGCCGGGACUGGUUGUUCUGGGAGCACUACGACUGGAGCUGCUGGAGCUGGGGACUCUGGAGCUGGCGGCGCUAGCGGAGUUGUAGCUGCGGACCCUGGGGGUGGUGCUGCUGCUGGUGCUGCGGACCCACCUGGUGGAGCUGCUGCUGGAGCUGAGGACCCGAGCGGUGACGCUGCUGCUGCUUCUGAGCCGCUGCGCGGCCGCGGCCGAGGUCUUACAGAGCGUCGUGAGCCUGAGUCUCGUCCUGCGUCGCCUGUCCGUACUGCUCGCACUGGUCGUCGUGUCCGUCGUGAGCGUCCUCCUCCUGUCCCAGGCACUCACUACAUGACUCUGCGUCCUUCUACUGCUCCUCAGCGUGUCCCUCUGCCGUCUCCUCCUGCGUCCUCUUUGCCUGCUGUUCCGGACCCUGAGUCUGACCGGUAUCGUGCUGAGCACCCUACUGUCACGCGUCUCCUAGCUACUGUUGUCACUGACCCUACCUUUGAGUCCUCGGCUGUGUCUGCUCUGGUCGCUGAGUUGGUCGACUUUGCUGCUGCCUGUCGUCUAGACUACGCCGCUAGUCUUGUUGCUGAGUCUGAGUCUGUCUGUCCUCCGUCCGUCGGGGGUGAGUGUGCUCUUGGCACGGACGUCCUUGAGGACAGGCAGGAGGACUUUGACUCUCUUGCGGCUGCUGUACCUCAUCUCGUGGCCUGGUUGCUUGCCCCUGAGGGAGACCCGGAUGCACUAGACAUCCCCACUCCGCGCACUUACGCAGAGGCGAUCUCGGGUCCCUACUCCUCUCAGUGGCAGACAGCCAUGGACGCAGAGAUGGCAUCCUGGAAGUCCACAGGCACCUACGUCGACGAGGUUCCCCCUCCUGGGGCGAACAUCGUCGAUGGCAUGUGGAUUUUCAGGGUGAAGCGGCCGCCAGGUUCUCCGCCUGUCUUCAAGGCUCGUUACGUUGCUCGAGGCUUCAGUCAGCGUCAGGGGGUCGACUUCUUCCAGACCUUCUCCCCCACCCCGAAGGUGACCACUCUUCGGGUUCUGCUGCACGUUGCUGCUCAGCGUGACUACGAGCUUCACUCCCUUGACUUCAGCACAGCGUUCCUGCAGGGCAGCCUGCACGAGGAGAUCUGGCUACGCCGCCCACCUGGCUUUACUGGGUCGUUUCCUCCUGGUACCCAGUGGAGCCUCCGCCGGCCAGUCUACGGUCUCCGCCAGGCGCCACGCGAGUGGCACGACACACUGAGGACUACACUUGCGGCUCUUGGGUUCGCGCCGUCUACUGCUGACCCGUCGCUGUUUCUGCGCACAGACACGUCGCUGCCGCCGUUCUACAUUCUCGUGUACGUCGACGACUUGGUCUUUGCUACUGCUGACACUGAGGCACUCGCUCGUGUGAAGUCGGAGCUGCAGAAGAGACACACCUGCACUGACCUGGGUGAGCUGCGUAGCUAUCUUGGCUUGCAGAUCACCCGGGACAGAUCUCGCCGCACCAUCACCCUGACUCAGUCACACAUGGUGCAGCAGGUCCUUCAGCGCUUCGGCUUCCAGUUCUCCUCACCACAGGCCACACCUCUGGCUACCAGUCACUCGCUCUCAGCUCCACCUCCGGACGAGUCCGUAGAGCCGAGUGGCCCGUACCCAGAGCUUGUGGGCUGCCUCAUGUACCUGAUGACUUGCACGCGACCUGACCUCGCGUACCCUCUUAGCAUCCUUGCUCGUUACGUUGCACCUGGGAGACACAGGCGAGAGCACUGGGAGGCUGCUAAGAGGGUGCUGCGCUACUUGUGCAGUACAUCAGGCAUGGGGCUGGUGCUUGGAGGACACGACAGAGUUGUCCUCACUGGUCACUCGGACGCUUCUUGGGUGGACGACCUGGCUAUGCAGCGGUCGUCACAGGGUUACACCUUCAGCCUUGGCUCUGGUUCUGUCUCGUGGCGGUCCACCCGUUCUUCUUCUGUUCUCAGCUCUAGUUGUGAGGCUGAGAUCUACGCCACGGCCAUGGCUGCACAGGAGUUACGCUGGCUCACCUACCUGCUGACUGACUUGGGAGAGCGGCCUAGUUCUCCUCCAGUUCUGUACGGCGACAACAAGGCGGCCCUUGCCUUGUGUCAGGAGCACAGACUGGAGCACAGGACGAAGCACAUUGCUCUUCGCUACUUUCUUGCUCGAGAGCUUCAGCAGCGCGGUCAGCUUCGGCUUGUGUACGUGGACUCGAAGGCCAACACUGCUGAUAUCUUCACCAAGGCGCUCCCGCCUAGUGAUCAUCAGCGGCACUGUACUUCUUUAGGCCUUGUGUCCACGUUUCCUCACUUGCUCACUGCUUGA